AUCUACAGAUCCAUCGACCUACAAAUCCAGCGAUCUACUGGUCCAGCGAUCUUACGAUCCAGCGAUCUACAGAUCCAACGAUCUAUAGAUCCAGCGAUCUACAGAUCCAGCGAUCUACCGAUCCAGCGAUCUAUAGAUCCAUCGAUCUACCGAUCCAGCGAUCUACAGAUCCAGCGAUCUAGCCAUCUAUAGUUCCAGCGAUCUACCGAUCCAGCGAUCUACAGAUUCAGCGAUCUAGUGAUCUAUAGAUCCAGUGAUCUACCCAUCCACCGAUCUAUAGAUCCAUCGAUCUACCGAUCCAGCGAUCUAAAGGGCCAUCGAUCUACCGAUCCAGCGAUCUACAGAUCCAGCGAUCUACCGAUCUACAGAUCCAUUGAUCUACAAACCCAGCGAUCUACCGAUUCAGCGAUCUUACGAUCGAGCGAUCUACAGCUUAAGCGAUGUAACGAUCCAACGAUCUAUAGUUCCAGCGAUCUACAGCGCCAGCGAUCUACCAAUCCAGCCAUCAACAGAUCCAUCGAUCUACCGAUCCAGCGAUCUACCGAUCCAGCGAUCUCCAGAUCCAGCGAUCUACCGUUCCAGCGAUCUUACGAUCCAGCGAUCUACAGAUCCAACGAUCUAUAGAUCCUGCGAUCUACCGAUCCAGCGAUCUACAGAUCCAGCGAUCUACCGAUCCAGCGAUCAACAGAUCCAUUGAUCUAGCGAUCCAGCGAUCUACAGAUCCAGUGAUCUAUCGAUCCAGCGAUCUAAAGAUCCAGCGAUCUAUAGAUCCAGCGAUCUACAGCUCCAGCGAUCUACCGAUCCAGCGAUCUAUAGAUCCAGCGAUCUACCGAUGCAGCGAUCUACAGAUCCAGCGAUCUACCGAUCCAGCGAUCUACAGAUCCAGCGAUCUAACAAUCCAGUGA